AUGGCAUCUGUCACCUCGACCGCUAUUCCAACCCUCAGGGUCAACGCCGCAAAGGAAGUAGAACAGAAACAACAACCCAAUGCCGCAAGAAUACAACCACCCGAAGGGUCAGCUACCUACGAUCAUUUCUUCUGGACCUAUACCGAAGAACCUCAUCGAUCACGGCGUCAGGCCAUUAUAAAAGCUCAUCCGGAGGUCACAAAACUAUGCGGCCCCGAACCCCUUACAAAAUGGCUCGUCCUCGCCGUUGUCUCGCUCCAAAUCACAUGCGCAUACUUACUCCGUAAUACUUCGAUGCUCUCAUGGAAAUUCUUCCUGACCGCAUACGUGAUUGGAGCAACCUCGAACCAGAAUCUAUUCCUCGCCAUUCACGAAAUCUCACACAAUCUGGCAUUCCGGUCUGCGCUUGCGAAUAGGUUGUUGGCUAUAUUUGCCAACUUGCCGAUUGGGUUGCCGUAUAGCGCUGCUUUCAGACCUUACCAUCUCACGCACCACAAAUCCCUCGGCGUUGCAGGCCUCGACACUGAUCUCCCCACCGCCUUCGAGGCAUUUCUCCUCGACUCUUUGCUCGGCAAGGCGUUCUUCUGCACAUUCCAAAUCUUCUUUUAUGCGUUACGGCCAAUGUUUGUGUACAGCCCGCCGUUUACUUCGAUCCAUGUUCUGAAUUUGAUCACGCAACUCUCCUUUGAUUAUGCGCUUGUGCGGCUCUGUGGAGGGUCGAUACAGCCUGUUUUGUAUCUUUUGUUCAGCUCGUUUUUGGCGGGAUCGUUGCAUCCUUGUGCGGGCCAUUUCAUUGCGGAACAUUAUUUUUUCUCGGAAGUCAAAGCUGGUGGGACGGAGUCACUCUCUGAGUUGAAGGACAGCAAUCGUUCUGCCGAGAAGAAAAGUCCGCUUGAUUCUCUGCAACCGCCAGAAACAUACUCCUACUACGGCCCACUCAACAUCCUGACGUACAAUGUCGGAUUACACAAUGAGCAUCAUGAUUUCCCCGCCAUCCCUUGGACAAGACUACCAGAAGUCCAUCGCAUUGCCCGUGAAUUCUAUGAGCCGCUGCCGUGCCACAGGAGCUGGAUAUGGGUUAUUUGGACAUUUGUUCUUGAUAAGAAUGUUGGAUUGUGGUGUCGUGUUAAGAGGGCUCAGGGCGGUAGGAUCGUUGGUGGUGGUGGUUCUGGUUCGUCGAAAAAGGCUGGAAGAGGAGGAGAGGGGAUUUCUGCUUCUUCCAUGAAAGAGGAGGAAGAAGAGGAUGGGUGGAAGGAGAGUGAGAUUCAGAAUUAG